AUGUCUAAGCGCGAAAGACAGCAGGACGAAGACGAUAGACCACCAAAGCGACCGCGACCGGAUCAUCAGCCAGUGCAGACACAAGAGGUCACAUUCGCGCGACAACUGCAGGAUUUCCUCGUCUUUCGUCAGGACGGGAUCCAACAAUUGAGGAAUGGCAUCGCCUCCUUCAAACUGUUCCUCGAGAGCAUCUUGUAUCACAAAGAAGAGGACAACCGGGGCCGUCAAAUCUCCAUACUUCGCGAGUACCUCGAGAAGCAAAAGCCAGCCGAUGCGACCGACUUAGAACAUCCAUUCUUGUCGCAGUUGUGGCAAGCAUGGUCCUUCGCCAAUCAGAACAAUCACGAUUCUCUGGCAUCCUCCGUCAGUGCGGCUCUUGCGCUACUUUUGAAGACUCUGUCCGGCAUCCUCGACCUUCGCGAGCACGGCCUGCUGUUAUGCCGGACGGUACUUCAGAACCAACAUCUACGGCUGGUCAAACGCUGCCUAGACGCGCCGAAGCAUAAGGACUUUGUGAUCUCGCCAUCAUUGCGGCUUCUUACAGAAGUCGUCAGCUUUGACGGUGGCGUCUCGGCAAGAGAGCUGUACAAGCGCAGAGAGCAGACCUUCGAUACGCGUACACUUCGACGACUUCUUAGCCUGGUGAAGCUGGAUUUCCCCGAAGACGAAGCGCGGCGGAAGCCAGCUGUCAGGACGCUUGCCUUGAGAUAUGUGUUAGCACUGUUCAAGUAUCUACACGAAGGCGGCAAGGCCGAUGUGUUGAAAGAUAAACCGCUAUGUGGCGCACUAUUCCAGCACAUACAAGACGAUCCAGCCGAGCUAGUCACUGACUUGCUCUCCACAAUCGAACAGAAUGUGCUCAGAGAUGAAGCAAUCCCUCGCUCAGCAAAGGCGUCUCUACUGACAUCACGAAAUCUCGAACGAAUCACUACAAUCGCUAGUCAGGCUCCAGAGGAGCAUCAAGCGGCUGACAGAGCCUUCGACUGGCUUCGAUCAGUUUGUACCACACCCAAGUAUGGGAUUCUGAGGCACAGCGGCUGGUAUCCGCCCGGCACAACCACAUCUGCUGUGUCUAAGUCAAGCACGAGCAUCGAUCUUGGCCUGGACAGCUUGGAAUUCUACGACCGCGAAGAAGCGAUCAAUCUGAGAAACACCACCUUGCUCUCAUGGACUUCCACACUACAUGCCCAUAACAAUGAGCGUGAAAGAGGCCUGCUCUUAGCUUGUUUCACGGCCGCACCAGAGCUUGUCGCGCCGUACUUUGGUGAGAAGACGAUGCAAUUGGACCCGAAGCUUUCCAAUACGUGGGUCGGAUACGCUUCUCUCAUGUUUGAAGUCGUGGCUUUGCCAGUGCCUGAGCACCUCGGAGCAGGCGAUGACUGGGCCGACCUGCCUCCGCAGACCGCAAUUGUGCUUGAGAGUCUUAUUCCUCGACCACUGACACAGAAGAUAUUGGUUCGAUGCUUGAACCAGAACCAUGACUUGGUAGCUUUCUUUGCGACACGGAUCCUGAUUUUGGCCCUCGAGAAGGUCCAGGUCGUGAUCAAGGACAUUGGCAGACAUCCGAACGGUGGUCACCAGAACAUCUGGAACGAAGCCUUGGAGAGACUCGUACAACGAUUCGCCGAGCGAUGUCCCAGCAUCAAGGACGUUAUUGCAGCGUUCCGACAACUGGCCGAUGAUGACGAGCAUAUCAUGCAGCGUGAGGCAAUCACAAGACUGCUGGGUCUCUACUACCAAGUUCUGCCGCAACAGGCGUUAGAAGAGCAAUUCGACGUUUCUGUUGCGCUGACCGCGGCACUAGCGCGUAGCGAGGCUCAUGAUGAAGUGCAGUCCGAGACAUCGGAGCUACGGUCUGUCGAGCUGAUCAACCUUCUCAAUAUUGCCAGGCUCAGCACUGGUAUGAAAUGGUUCAACAAACAAGGUGGCCUGGCACAUACACCUAUUGUGACUCUGCUCAGGAUCCAUGCGCGGAACACGCGCGACGCUCGCGUACGAGAGCUUCUUCAGCACAUACUCGUUGAAAACGAUGUUCUCAACAGCUUCAGCGAUGGCGGGCGCGCAUCGCCCCUUGAUGCUUUAGUCGCUAGCUUCACUAACUUCGUCGAGAAUAGCACUGUCUGGGAGUUCCUGGAUGAGUCUCUUCAGCGAGCGGUGCGCAAGCCAGUCAAGUACCUAGACGACCUAAUUGCUCUGAGUCCAGGAAAGCAAGAUGCAUCAGUAGAUGGCAGACCUGAUACGCCAAGCUUACUCACUGCUGUCAUCUUGGAACAAGCCUCUUUCGUUGUCGCAAAAAUCGAUGCAGAGGGCGAGUCCAGGAUCGCAUGGGCCGAACUUUUCCUGCAACUUUUGCGACAGACUACAGACGAGAGCAAAGCACUAGACAAGCUUACAAAGGCUGUCAACAAGACACCUGGGUGGAAGCCGCCAAAGAGCAAGAUCGAUCUGACUGCCUUGCUAGAGAAGGUCGUGCUCGGCAAAGACGCAGCUGACGCUGAAGUUGAGCAACUUCCUGCGGAUGACAGCCAUGUCGUCCCUCAAUUGUCAUUUUCGACACUUCCAAGUGAGCCAACACGGCAUCCUGAACUCACCAGAUGGAACCAGAAAGACCUGGAUAUGGCGAUCGAGGACGGGGACAUUAGUGCCCUGUUCCUUGACUUGUGCUCCUCGGAAAGCGACAUCAGGAGACAGGCUCUGACGCAACUGAUCAAGCUAAAGCUCCAGCUACGGUCAGACAGCACCUACGGGAAUAGUGCACAGCUUUCACUCCUUGUAGGCGAAGUUGCCGAGACAUUCGAGCAACACUACCUUCCUUCCAACACCGCACUACCGUACAUCGCCGGCACUUUUGCUGUUCGGGUUCUACAAGUCCAAAUUCAGCCACAGCAUUUCAUGUACCCGAAGGUGAAUCGUUUCCUCAUUCGUGGUCCAGAGUGGCGUGUCGGCAAACUUCCUGGCUACUGGCUGUCGACUACGACUCUCAGUUUACCGGAAGAGGAUGAUGCAUACUGGAAGGAAGUGCAAUGGGUCCUCGAUUGGAUCCUCGACGGCCUUCGCACGACGGCAGAUCUCGACAUCCUGAGACGUGGGGAUGUCUUCGAGAAGGUGUUGGCGUUAUGGCACUCACCUGGCGCCAUACCACACAAGAAUGUCCGUGAGAGGAUCUCAGAGCUGGUAAACCGUGCGGCGUGUUUGCCAGGUGGAAGCGAUGUUCUUGUGACACGCACUGGUGCACUCAGCUGGUUGGAUAUCGCUGCACAGCUUGGUGAGACCCGAAGCGGCAGCUUACGAAGUCUUGUGAAGCAGACUUCCAGUCAAGAACGACUGUCGACCUGGGCAGCCGUGGAGGUAUAA